GUUAUAAUAGUAAUAAUGUGAUAACAGUAAUAGUAGUUUUAUUUUUCUGAAAUAGAGAACGUUUUCAAGCUGUUGAGUGGACCAGCAAAGCCUUUGAUGUGAUCCAAUCCACAAAUAAGCUGCAAUACACAGAUUCUGCAUAUUAUUGCUAUCUAUAAUUCAUAUUGCUUUUACUUAUAAAUAAACACUAUGCCAAUAUGAGAGAAUAGGCCAUACGCUGUUAUUUAAAUAUAUUUAAUGGCAACCACUGCAUUGUAGUAAAUCAGAUGUCAUCAAUCAGAGGGAAUAUGAAUGGAUAUGUUCAUAUUACUAUCCAUAAUUAAAUUAUGAGUACAUAAGAUAUGUCUCAGCGAUUAGGCACAUUAGAUUAAAAAAAAGAAUAUUAUUCAGGUCAGCCACUGAUGUUAGCAUCUUCCUGACAUCUGCCAAAUACAGCUUCAUCCAUGACAGCCAGAUAUUGAAGUUUUAGUGAUUCGUCGUUCUAAAGAACAUGUUGCAAACUGCUUGGACAUGGAAAUCCCCAAAGCUCAGUUUGUGUGCUGAUGUUGCUUUCAGAGGCACCUUGGAGCUAUGUAGUGCAAAUCUAACAGAGGGAGUACAAGCUGACAACAAUAAUAUGGAUGAAGAAAUAAGGAUGGCAGAACAAGGAGAUGCUGCAAACAGCGAGCCCAGUGUAGACAUGUCCAACAACAGUCCAACUAAAAGAGCAAGGGGGAGGCCACAAGGGUCAAAGAAGCUGAAGGUUUGUGUUACAAACGUUAACCUGAUGGGGCUGGUUUCAGGCAUUUCCAACGGUGGGUCUACACAGCCCCAGAGGAGAAGAGGGCGUCCAAAACUGUCUGGUGCAAAACACUCAGAGCAACAAGAAUCAGGAGAUAAUUCCAUACAAACUCCUCGGGGUCAGGUGAGGCUGAAAGCAUCAAAGAAACAGCCCAGUGAAGAAGACCGUCCUAUGGCAGACCAUUCACCUAAAAAAAGAGGCAGGCCAAAAAAGUCUCUCAGCAAAAGCACCCAUGAGAAUGCUGAUGCUGAAGACUUACCAAAUGGUGGCUCCGAUACGCCAAAAAUGGGAAGGGGUCGUCCAAAAGGAUCCAAAAAGCGCAAGUCAGAAAGUUUAACAAGUGGUGAGGAGAAUGAAGGCGGUUCAGUAAUACCUAGGAAAAGAGGUCGACCAAAAGGCUCUGUCAAUAAUACAACCAAGCUGGAGAGAGAGGUGAGCAGUGAGGGGGAGGCGGAAGCUGAUGGAACCCUAAACUUACUGAAAAGGGGGAGAGGUCGACCCAGGAAGAUGGAGGUGAAUAACACUGGGGAGUCAACACAAGAUACAUCGAAUGGCAUCUCAAAGACACUUCAGAGAGGGAGGGGACGACCUAAAAAACAUAUUGAACAGGAGAGCAGAGCCAAACAAGAACUGGCCACAAGUGGUUCCCCGCCAGCCAAAAGGGGUAGAGGUCGACCUAAAGGUUCUUUAAACAAGAAACCCCCUGCAUAUAAAGAACUCCAGUCUCGUAGAGCAUAUGCUCCACCCACAAAAGGGAAACGUGGUCGACCAAGAAAAAAACCAACCAAAAGGGGACGGCCGAGGAAAUACCCUCUGCCGUCACCUGAGGAACUGAAAAGGCCAAAAGUAUGGAAGCCACUUGGAAGGCCGAGGAAAUACCCACGUGUUGAUCCUCCAGAGGGAGCUCUACCAGCUCCACGUCGAAGCCGUGGUCGGCCUCGCAAGUCAGAAUCCAAGAAAGGUGCUCACUUACGCAAGAGUUGGCCGACCAGUUCAUCCUCACCACGCAACCCCAAUGACGGAUCCCCAAGGAAAAGGGGCCGUCCCCCAAGUACUCCAAAAAGUGAAGAGGACACCCCGCGAAAAAGGGGUCGCCCAAAAGGCUCACUCAACAAAAAUAAAGCCAGGAGCGAAACACAGCUUGACAGCACUCUCCCAGACCAUUCAAAGAGUGAUUCAUCAGUUUCUGGUGUGGAACAUGAAGGAGAGUCGAGUGAACAGGAGCACAAAACGGACACAGUGCCCAUUGAGAACAGAAGUGAUAACAUAGAAACACUUGAUUGGGAUGUGGGCUUUAAUGUUAGUAAAAAAGUUUGAUGAACAAUCCUGGUCCGACCAAAAAAGUUGCUGUAGUAAUUGCUGUUCAAAACAUUGAACACAGUCUUGUCAAUGAAAACUUGUUCUUAACAUUUUGUCAGUUGGAUAGGAUAGAUAUUCAGCAGCUCUUCUGUUUUUCUGACUAACUUGUUUAUGUUGUUUUAUUGUGCUUGUCUUUUUUUUUAAAUACUUAAUUUCUGCUUACUACUACCACUACUUAGUAGUACUAAUGGUCUUUUACUAGAACUGGCAUGUAGAGUUUAUUAACAUAGACUGAUUGGUCCAGUUUUCAUUUAGCUUUCAGAUGUAGUGUUUGUCAGUUAAAGUGUAACUGUAAAACAUUUGCUGGGGAAUCACUUGGAUGAAAGAAAAAGUGCAAACAAAUGUUGGAGAGAUGAUGUUAAAGAGAAGAAAGGAAAAACAAAGUGAAGCUAUAGAGAGUUAACAUCAUGUUGCCCCAUCCAGGCAAGCCUCUAGCUUUGGUGGGUCCUUGCAGUUUCUCAUUUCGCACAUUUCUCAUCAGCCUCUCUGAAGACAUGAAAUAUGUUUCUGGGGUUUCGUGCUAUUUUAGAAUAUCAACAGUUUUUGGCCAACUGAUAUCUGAACACACAAACUUCAUAUUAUUAACACUGCUCUGCUACCCAAGACCCACUAACAUUUAAACUUUUAUUUGCCAGGGACAACUUAAAAAUUGUUUAACACUUAACACUAUUUUAUGCUGUUAAAGUGAAAAAGCGUCGCACGGCAGACAAACGCAGGUUGCAACUAGUUGUAUAACUUAGUGGAGUAAUUGGUAGCGAAAAUCCUGUCUCUUCUCAGGAGUUGGGACCAGAAACUGAGCUAAAAGAGAUUGAAUAUUCUUAGUGAUGUAAGAUAAUGUAAUUGAUCUGUGAUUUGUACGGAUGCCCCUGUAAUGUUGCUGUAGCAGUAGAUUAACUGUAAAACACCUGCUUUUAGAAUUGAGUUUGGUUUGCCCACUCAAUAGACUGCUGGGAGCAGAGUGUAUUUCAAUGUUAAUUAUUCACCGAAAUUGAACUGGCGUACCUUCUAAUACUGAACUUGAAGUAACACAGGAAAUGGGACUAAAACCGUCCUUUUGUCUGCUCCUCUCAGCUUGUAGUAUGAGUUCACAUAAUGAGCACAAAUGGCUGUCAAAAUGGAGACAGCGCUUCUGCUUCAAUGUCAGAAAUACAUUCCCUGAAUUCAGUAAGGUAGUUGUAUAUCAGGAUAUAACACCUCCGACCAAUGGGUGGGGUCGUCCAUCCACUUUAAAAACAUUUGAAUAUUUUAUGUAUUUUUAGAUUUUAUUUAAACAUUGGACAUGUUGAAUGUUGUUUCCAUUGAAAGACAAGGGCGAAAGUCCUUGCUUGAAGUGUUUUACUGAAGAAAUGGAAAGAAAAGUGAUUUUUGAUUAUCAGAUCCGUGACUCAAAACUGGGAUACAAUUUGAACUUUGAGUUUUUUUGUGAUCUGUUGCACAGCUAAUGUUUGUGGCCGCAAACAUGCCUCCAGAUAAAAAGCAAUUAUAUGCCAAUUGUCCGCUUUACCCAAGUGGCCAAAAAAUGUACUGCAUUCAUAUAGCAGAAACUGAAUAAAUGACUAAACUAAACUACUCAAAACACUGUUGAGUGAGGCUCUGAUUUAGUAAUUUGUGUGAUUUAUAAUGUCAGGGUUUUUUGGUUCCCUGUGAGAUAAAAUAUAUCUAAGAGAUGUCCUAACUUUCUCAGUGCCAUUUCACAAUUGAUUAUGUCUUCAUGUUUGUUUUGCCUUAAUCGCCAAAGCCUUGAAUGUACCAUCAGUUACCAUUACUUGGUUUAAUGAGUUGUCCUGCACUGAUCUGACCCUUGCGAUAUGUAUUCCUCGACAGAACGAAAAGCUCUCCGUCAAACCCCUUCCUGCUGCUCACAGUAGCCCUGAAGAUUUCCUCCUCCUCUUGUGCCAUUUUCUUCUUUAGGUUUAGCUGUUAUCAAGUUGAAGUAGUUAUUUCAUUCUGUCCUUUAAAUGUGUACGUGCAACUGUGAAACAUUUUUUUUAAUAUGACUGUCAUGAGAUUAAAUUCAAGUAAUUUGGAUUGAUUUACAAACAUUCAUUUACUUGGUUUUGAGCACUUAGUGUACAAAUUGUGCGACAUUAGUUGUACAUCAUUAUUAUUGAUGUUAACACCUUUAUGUUUUGGUCAAACAAUUGAAGUUUCUGAAUGCCAAAUUGUGCGUCUGUGUGUCAGGUUAAGGAAUGUGAGAUGAGAAUGGAAAUGGAAGCGUAUGGUUUUAAAAAUCACGUUGAAAUUCGAUCUGGAUUUGUGAAGUCAAAUCAUUUUAAGUGGAUGAGUUUGGAGUUUGUGUAUUUUCAUAAAAAGAAGUCAAUAAUUUGUGAGAUUAUGCUCUUGAAAUAAAACAUUGAUCUUGCUGUUUUA